CACAGAUAAGGAUCAAAGAAACCCACCAAAUCAAAUCUCUCUCUCUCUCCAUUAUAUUCACAUUCACAGUCUUCAACUYCUAAUUCUCCAAUUAUUUCUCUCUCUGGAAUUUAAUUUUUUGCCAGAACCUUCUUCCGAAAUUCCUUUUCAUUUUUCCGAUUCCGGAUCUCGCCAAUAUGAUUUUUCGGUUCGCGCGAUCGUCGUCGUCUCGGAUCUCCUUCCUACGCGCUCCGCCGCUAAUUUCCGAUCCGGCGGGUCUGUGCGGCUGUGGCCGGCGGAGUAGGCUGCUGGAUUAUUAUAAAUGGAGGAGGACGACACGUCGUUUUGAAUCCACAGAAGCUGCUGCAAAACAWYUGGACCACCUCUACUGUCGUAAUGAUGAUCAUCCUCAGGAGUUGGAUUUUCCAGGAGGGAGAGUUUCAUUUACGAGUGAAAUGAGUUUUAUUGCUGAGUCGACUCAGAAACGAGUUCCAUGUUAUCGAGUUCUUGAUGACAAUGGGGAGAGAAUUACAUCCAAUAAUUUCACGCAGUUGAACAAAGAUGUGGCGGUUAAGAUGUAUAAAGACAUGGUAACGCUCCAAACAAUGGACACCAUAUUCUAUGAAGCACAAAGGCAAGGAAGGAUCUCAUUUUACUUAACUUCGUCGGGAGAAGAAGCAAUUACUAUUGCUUCAGCAGCUGCACUUCAAUCUGACGACGUCGUCCUAGCUCAGUACAGGGAGCCGGGCGUUUUACUGUGGCGUGGAUUUACGCUGCAAGAGUUCGCCGAUCAAUUGUUCGGAAACAUCGCCGAUUAUGGAAAAGGUCGGCAGAUGCCCAUUCACUACGGCUCCAACAAACUUAACUACUUCACCAUUUCAUCGCCCCUUGCAACGCAGCUCCCUCAAGCUGUAGGAGUGGGUUAUUCUCUUAAAAUGGAUAAAAAAGAUGCGUGCGCAGUCACUUAUUUUGGAGAUGGCACCACCAGCGAGGGUGAUUUCCACGCAGCGUUAAAUUUCGCAGCAGUACUGAGAGCACCAGUGAUUUUCAUCUGCCGCAACAACGGCUGGGCCAUCAGCACCUCCGUCGAAGAACAAUUCCGCAGUGACGGCGUAGUGGUGAAAGGACAAGCGUACGGAAUCCGCAGCAUCCGAAUCGACGGAAACGAUGCCCUAGCCGUCUACACCGCCAUUCGCAGAGCUCGAGCCAUGGCCGUGGCGGAGCAGGCGCCGGUUCUCGUCGAGGCAUUGACUUACAGAGUGGGCCACCACUCCACCUCCGACGAUUCCAGCAAGUAUCGAGCCAUGGACGAGAUUCAGUACUGGAAGAUGGAGCGCAACCCUGUGAAUCGCUUCUCCAACUGGCUCACGACCAAUCGAUGGCUCACUCAGGAAGAUGAAUCCAACCAUAGAACCACAGUUAAACAGCAGUUGUUGCAAGCAAUUCAGAAUGCAGAGAGGAGAGAGAAACCUCCAGUUUCAGAGCUGUUCAGUGAUGUGUAUGAUAAUGUUCCCUCAAACCUCCAUGAACAAGAGCAAGUACUAAGGCAAACUAUGAAGAGGUACCCUCAAGAUUAUCCUUCUGAUGUUCCUCUUUAGAUUGUAACAAAGUUCAUUUGGUGCCUAAAUUUGAUGGAAAAUGCAAGCUUGACCCAAAAAAGAGUUAAAGCUCAUAUUGGUUAAGAUCAUGCAAAUGUUGUUAUGUAAAUUAAUUCGGAACUUAAUUCUAUUUCUCUUGUGCGGUGAAUAAAAUCUCCAAGUCUAAGCACAAAUUCGGACA